AUGCUGGGCCUUCCAGGCGAGCAAAAUGAAAAUUCUGACACAAUAACCAGUAAUAAUAGUCAUAAUAUUAACAUUGAUGAUCAAUUUACAGCGGAAAAAUCAUUUGAUCACGUAUUUUUUCCAACAACAUAUGAAGAUCGAACAUCGUCAGUUUUAUUUCGUCAAAUCUGUUCAUAUGUACAAAAUAAAUGUUUACCUUCAAAAAAAUGUGGAAUAUCCUAUAUCAAAUUAUUGUUUCCGUUUCUGUCAUGGUUAAAAGCUUAUGAACUGGCUUGGCUACCAAAUGAUAUUGUUUGCGGAAUCACAGUUGCGAUCAUGCUAAUUCCACAAGGAAUGGGUUAUGCUUUAUUAGCUCGUUUACCGGCAAUAACAGGAUUGUAUGUUUCAUUCUUUUCAUCAUUGAUUUAUGCUUUAUUUGGUACAUCAAGACAUUUAUCAAUGGGUGCUAUCGCAGUCAUUAGCUUAAUGACAGGCAAUGUUGUGAAUCGCUUAACCGUCAAAGAAACAUUUACAACUAUGAUUCCAAGUUUAUUAAACAAGAGUGCAAUUGAAAGUGCAUCAAAUGAUGCUACAAUCGAUCCAUCAUAUGCGAUAACUAUUGCAACCACCUUAGCAUUUAUGGUUGGAAUCGUACAACUACUUUUAUCUAUUUUUCAUCUUGGAUUUGUUACUUCAUUUCUGUCCGAUACAUUCGUUAGUGGUUAUACAUGUGGAACUGCUAUAUUAGUAUUUACUUCUCAGGUACCUGAUAUAUUUGGUUUAUCGCUGAAACGAUAUGUUGGACCAUUCAAUGUUAUUUAUACAUAUAUUGAAAUAUUUAGUAAUCUUAAAAACACCAAUCUUGUUACAUUACUUGUAUCUGCAUGUUCAAUAAUAGCUCUUGUUCUUGUCAAAGAAUAUCUCGAUCCAUUUUAUAAGAAAAAAAUAAAAAAAUUCAAACUUUUUAAAAAUGUUCAAGUACCUAUUCCGAUGGAAUUGAUUAUUAUUAUUAUCGGUACACUUGUUUCUUAUUUACUUGAUUUAAAUGGUAAUUAUAAAGUGAAAAUUGUGAAUACAAUUGGUCGUGGGUUUCGUAAACCACAAGGUCCGUCGGUAACACUUAUGCCUACGCUAAUGAAAGAUGCAGUUAUCAUUGCUAUUGUUGCAUUUGCUAUUUGCAUGUCAUUAGCAAAAACAUAUGCAAAAAAGUUUAAAUAUACAGUUAAUUCCAAUCAAGAAUUAACUGCUUAUGGAGCAUGCAAUAUAAUUGGUUCGUUUUUUGCUUCGUUUGCCAGUGCUGCUUCUUUAUCUCGUACAAGUGUUUAUGUUAAUGCUGGUGGUCGAACACAAAUGGCUAGUCUAGUCGCUUGUUCCUUUUUACUUAUUAUUAUUCUAAGAAUUGGAUCCUUAUUUGAAUCAUUACCUAAAGCAUGUUUAGCAUCAAUUAUCGUUGUUGCACUAAAAGGCUUAUUGUUACAGAUGAAAGAUUUUUAUACAAUUGGUCGUGUGACAAAACUUGAAGCAGUUGUUUGGUUGAUGACAUUUUUAAGUACGGUUAUACUUGAUGUAGAUUAUGGUCUAUUUGUUGGUAUUAUCGUAUCACUUUUUGUUGUUAUUCUUCGACAAUUUCGACCUCGUACAACAAUUCUCGGUCAAUAUGAUCGUAGCAGUGCAAAAAAAAAAGCGAGACGUUUCUCAAAUGUUUUUGAAAUUCCUCACAUCAAAAUUUUUCGUUUUGAAUCUCCGAUCAUAUAUUUUAAUGCAGACUUUUUCCGUGAAAGUCUCUUGGAUUCCAUUGGUAUUGAUUUAAAAACGGGUCAACAAAGAAAAAAUAAUCCUCAAGAAGCCAAUGAUAUGUGUCGUAGCUUUCGCAGUAUAACACAUAUUAUCAUUGAUUGUUCAUCAAUUAAUCAAAUUGAUUAUAGUGGUGGGAAAAUCUUUCUCCAGGCACUCAAAGAACUUAAUGAUCGUCAGUAUAAAGUUUAUUUAUGUCAAUUAAAAUAUUAUAACUAUGACGUAUUACAAAAACUUCAAAUGGAUGAAGAAUGUUCGGUCACUGUUACAGCUACGAUUCAUGAUGCUGUUCAUGAUAUUCAAGAUGAUCUUAGAGAAAAUCAUAAUAAUAAAUUAUUAUUAGCAAAUACAGAAUUAUAA